CCAAGUGUCAUUCGUCCGCCGGUCCGGUUGUUGUUUUGUUUUUGUUCAGAAUACUAUAGCUUCUUUGUGUUAUAGAAAAUUAAAUCAGCAAAAUUACAAAAUGUCCCACAACCACUCGCACGGCCAUGGAGGUGGCUGCGCCCACGAGGCUCUCGGAAUCGACGACGAGCUAGAAAUGGGAAUCCAGUACAGUUUGUACGAGAAGAUCGACAUGAUUAACGUGGAGUGCUUGAAUGAGGAAACGGAAGACUCCGGUAAAACGGUGUUCAAACCAUACAGUCAACGUCUGAACUUUGAUAAGUUCGUCACCAGCGAUGCCGAUGAAGAGCUGCUAUUCAAUAUACCUUUUACGGGGAAUGUUAAGCUCAAAGGCAUCAUCGUGGUGGGAGCGAAUGACGAUAGUCAUCCCAAAAAGAUGAGAUUGUUUAAAAAUCGACCAAAGAUGACGUUUGAUGAUGCUGGAGCACUUUCCGAUCAGGAAUACGAGCUGGAAAGAGACUCCAGUGGAACUAUCGAAUACGCCACUAAAGUUGUCACCUUCUCUUCUGUGCACCACCUAUCGAUUCAUUUCCCUACGAACUACGGAGAUAGCAAUACCACGGUAUACUACAUUGGACUGAAGGGAGAAUUCAGUGAAGCUCAUCACCACGGCGUAACAAUAUGCACCUACGAGUCAGCACCAAACGUGGCGGAUCACAAAAAUAAUGUGUUCGAUUCAGUUGGCCAUCAGAUUCAGUAAGCGUUGUAAUGUUGAAAUGAUUUGUAAUUUUUGAUAAGUCUAUUUAUUUUUCGAUCUUUAA